AAGAAAUUGCCAAAGCUCUCCGUGUUAUGCGGUCACCGCACAAUGGUGAGCAAACUUUGGUGCCAAGAAAUUGGCCGCAGGUGGAAACAGACGGUCAAACAGGAACCACCGCAGGCCCGUGUGCUAUCCGAACCAAAGUGCCAGUCGUAUGUGGCCAUCUGGUAUCUGUACUAUCGUUGGAUCAUCUUCCUCGUCUGGGCCGCUUUUGUCAUAUGUUCGGUGUUUGAAUUCGGCAGUUACAAACCACUAAAGCAGCACGAGAAAUGGCCAAUCUAUCUGACAAACUGGGACAUGGCUCUGGGCUUUACACAAGCGCUGAUCGGUGGUAUCCUCGUGUCAAAGCGAUGGCGAUUGCAGAAGAUAUCCGGUUUCGAUCCUUGCAGUCUCAAACUGGAGUCUACUGAGCGACUGUACUGGUUUCUGUACGUCGUCACGACCAAUAUGGCAAUUGGCGUAACGGUGUGCUACUGGCUCGCUGUAUAUAAUCCGGCAAUCCAUCAGGUGGACCCGCUCAAUAUCAUGAUGCACGUGUGCAAUAGCGUGCUGAUGCUGACUGAUCUAUUUGUCACCAGCGUACCAUUCCGUCUGCGCAACUUCUGGUGGUGCCUAUCGAUUGUUAUGUUCUACGUAAUCUUCUCAGUGAUCUAUUAUGUUGCUGGCGGUCUUGACAAGUAUGGUUAUCAUUACAUCUACAAAAUCCUCGAUUGGAAGAAGCCAGUACGAACGUCACUCGUUUGUAUUGGCGGUUUCACAUUUGUGACAGUGCUGCAUUGCAUCACUUGUACAUUGGCAAACAUCAGAGACCGGAUCUAUCGCAAGACUGCCGAGAAAUUUAAUAAACCUGCGCAGAUAAAUAUGACGAAUGACAAACCGCUUCCGGAAAAAACAACGGAAGUAGUUUAAUCAUUACAAAUUUAUUUAGAAACAAUUGUUAAUAUCCUUAGCACGUAAGGUCCCGAAGCAUGGAACAAUCUAAUAUUCAGUAAGUCGGAAUAAAACGUGUAUUCUUGACAUGGCUGCGUCCGAAAGUAGAAUCCUAGCGAGCGAGGCUAUGGCUUUCUAUGGCUAGCUUGUUUGUAAAAAUGAGUAAAAUAUUAAUAGAAAGUUUACAGUGAUGAGUGAUAUAU